UUUACCGAAUAGACGUCAAAAGAAAUUCUGCAUGUUAUUAUUUGAGGAAAAUCUCAAUAAAAAUUGUGUUUUCUGCUAACUAUUUCCAUUUUUCCUGCGAUAUUUUUAUUAAAAUCUUGUAAGAAAACGUUUGCUUAUUAUAUGGAACAGGAUUUUUCAUCGUUCAGCGCCGGGCAUCAUUCCUAAACUAACUUGCAAAGUAUUAGAAGUUAAAACCACACUCCUCUUUGGGAUACAAUGAGUUUUUUUGGCUUUGGCCAGUCUGCCGAAGUAGAUAUCUACCUCGACGGCCAAGAAACAAGGAAAACUGCGGAAGUGAAAACUGAAGAUGGCAAAAAAGAGCGAUUGCUCCUCUACUAUGAUGGAGAGACAGUUUCUGGCAAAGUGAAUAUAAGUCUUAAAAAGCCAGGUAGCAAGCUAGAACACCAGGGUAUCAAAAUCGAAUUCAUUGGUCAAAUAGAGAUGUUUUAUGAUAGGGGGACCCAUCAUGAAUUCACCUCUUUAUUGAAGGAAUUGGCUCGGCCUGGAGAGAUGAUUGCUCAUACAAGUUAUAAUUUUGAGUUUAGUAAUGUUGAAAAGCCUUUUGAGGUUUAUACAGGAAGCAAUGUUAGACUACGAUAUUUUCUUCGUGUAACGAUUGUACGUCGGCUGUCUGACAUUGUAAAAGAAGUGGAUAUUGCUGUCCAUACUUUAUGUAGCUAUCCUGAGAUGAAUAAUUCCAUUAAAAUGGAAGUUGGAAUUGAAGACUGUUUGCAUAUUGAGUUCGAAUAUAAUAAAUCUAAGUAUCAUUUAAAGGAUGUGAUAGUGGGCAAAAUCUACUUUUUACUAGUAAGGAUAAAAAUCAAACACAUGGAAAUUGCGAUAAUAAAAAGGGAAACGACCGGAUCUGGGCCUAAUAUUUUUACGGAAAACGUCACCAUAGCGAAGUAUGAAAUAAUGGACGGAGCACCUGUUAGAGGUGAAAGUAUCCCGAUAAGGGUAUUUUUGGCGGGUUACGACCUGACCCCAACAAUGAGAGACAUAAACAAAAAAUUCUCUGUGAGGUACUUUUUAAAUCUGGUGCUGAUGGACACCGAAGACAGAAGAUAUUUUAAGCAGCAAGAAAUUACGUUGUGGAGAAGAGGGGAUAAAGUGAGGAAGCAAAACGUCCAGUCUCCAGCCAUAAUGGCCGGAACUCAGAAUCUCGAAAAUACUUCGGCCGUUUACGGGCAACAAAAGAACGGAGACCAGGAAGGUUCGAAUGGGUCCAGUGAGUCUAAUAGUGAUGAGAAAAGUGAAAAGGGGCCUCCAUUAAAGGAGGAUUUUCUAAGGUCGCAAUCGAAUGAUAAAUUGAAUAGUGAACUUACGGAUCCUUUUGAUCAAGGUACGACAUCUCCGCCCUCCGAAAGAAGUCCCGAAAAUCAAAUUAAGAACAUGAAAAGGGAAGAAGGUGACGGACAAAAUGAUACAGCAAACGAGAAUAGCGUUGAGUGAUAAAGCCAGAGUGUGAAUCAACAGAACAGCUGUGAUGUUAUAAAAGUGGUGGCUUAACGAAUGAAUAAAGACACUAUGAAUACACUGGAGGGCGCGCGCAUCACCCAUUAUUUUUUCGUCACUACUUUCUUUUUACCUAUUCACGUGGGCGAAUGUGUUUAAUUU